AUGAACGAAGUUAAGACGGUAAAAGUGGUGAUGGUUGGCGAAUCCGGCGGUUUGUCUUUUUACUUCGAAAAAAAAAUGACGCUUAUUACUAUGAAAAAAAUUAUAUUUAAAUAGUGUUCAAACAUUAAAAUUUAAUGCUUUAUAAUUUUUUUCAGCUGGAAAGUCGGCCCUUCUCAGCCGUUUCUUAGAAAAUAAUUUUGAAGACGUUAUGCCAUCGACGAUUGGGAUCGAUUUCAAACACAAAGUCGUAGAAUUACACGAUGGAUCGGUAAUUCAUAGACUAUUUUCAAAAAAAUUGAGUUACCGCUAUUUGGAGAAAAAAAAAGCCGCGAUUAGGAGUAAGAGGAGAUUUUAUUCACAGAAGUGCUAAAAGACAGCUAUUUCAAACCAUUAAAAAAAAGGAAAAAAGAAAAAAAGCGCGUUGAGGACUUGUUGUGAUCAUGAGAAAAAUCCCUAGAAAGUACGACUUCAACUGUGGGACACGGCAGGUCAAGAAAGAUUCAGACAGCUGGCGCCAUCUUACGUUCGGGACGCCGGCGUCAUUAUUCUCACUUUCGACAAGUCUAGUCAGUUUUUUUGGAAAGUAACUGGGAAAAAUUCUUUAUUUGAAAAACAUCCCAAAAAGAAACCCUGCCUUUUCCCUAUUUUUGAUUUUCUUUUUUUUUCAAAACAAGGUUUUAAGAAGUCACUCCUCCGUUGAUCUUUAUUCCCCUUCAAAUCAGCUCUAAAUCCGAACUGCUGCCGGGGCGCCCCGCGCCGCUGAGUAGAAAAAGUUGAAAAGAAGUUGGAGUGAAAAAAUCCGCAGAGAAACGGAUAAUAAAGAAUUUAUUAAUGAAGGAAAACAAAAUGUAUUCACGUCAUUGAGUAACUGUGAGGUAAUAUUUUAACAAGGUGAAAACAUUCCCGUAAUAUGUCUAGACCAUCUCCUUGUCAGAUAUACUAUUUUACUUCAAAUUCUCUCUUCAUCUAUUUCCAAGUUUCGAAACUGAUCAAUUCGAAAUUUUGCAGGCGAAGAAGCUAUAGAGCAACUAAUCCGAUGGAAAAGGUUAAUCGAGCGAGACAGAAGACCAAAUUCUCUGAUAGUAAUUGUCGGGAAUAAAUGCGACCUGAGCACAUCCAGGUGAGCCUAUUACUCACAAAAUAUACCUACUUUUCUGAUCAUAAAAGUGUUUCAAAAUGGUUUUAUGAAAUAAGUCUAUACUGUUCAGAUUUUUAAUGUCAAGUGCAAUUACGUAACUCAAAAGAACUCUGUGGAUGGCUCGCUCUCUGAUUGGUUUAUCGCACCAUUAAGAGCGGAGCUUGAGCGACGACUUGACAUUUAAAAUCUGAACAGACUAUAACUUCGCACAUUCUUUUUUUGAAUUAAGCUUUACUUCUAAAAAAAAGGGUUCAAAUUACUUUUAGAGCGUUCUUAUGAUUAAAUUAUAUUUUUCAUAGAGAAAUCAUAAUAUUUGAUAUAAAUGAAAGAAAAAACAUUUUUUUUCAGUAGAAGAGCGUCAACAGCGACACUGAAAAAAUUAAUCAAAGAAGCAGGCGACCUUUACAUGGAAACAUCUGCCAAAACAGGGAAAAAUGUCCAAGAGGUCUUCGUAAAGAUAAAAUUCGUAUGCAUUUUGAACGAUUUCAGCUUUUCAAAAAAGUUGCCCGACUACCGUUUCCAGAAGCCAAAAAAAGUAAUGAUACUAUCAGAUUGGGUUCGUUUUUUUACUAUCUAAAAUUGAAAAUUUGAUUCAGGGGAACCUGCUCGAAAAGUCAAUCGAAAAUUCAUGUGCUGUUAA